AUGGAGAGCUACGGCGGCCGGAAGCGCGCGUGGAAGAAGGGCCCGACGCGGGGGAAGGGCGGCCCGCAGAACGCGGCGUGCGAGUACCGCGGCGUGCGCCAGCGGACGUGGGGCAAGUGGGUGGCCGAGAUCCGCGAGCCCAACAAGCGCACCCGCCUCUGGCUCGGCUCCUUCGCCACCGCCGAGGAGGCCGCGCUCGCCUACGACGAGGCCGCGCGCAGGCUCUACGGGCCCGACGCCUUCCUCAACCUGCCGCACCUCCGCGCCUCCGUCACCGCCGCCGCCGCCGCGCACCAGCGGCUCAGGUGGCUCCCGGCCUCCGCCAGGGGUGCCGCCGCGGCCGCCGUCCCGGCAUACGGCCUCCUCAACCUCAACGCGCAGCACAACGUCCACGUCAUCCACCAGAGGCUGCAGGAGCUCAAGAACGGCGCGUCGCCCACCAAGCCGCCGCAGGGCGGCGCGAGAGUUACUCCCCACCAGCUCGGCCCGCCUCUCCCGGCCUCCACCUCUCCCUGCUCCACCGUCACCAACGGCGGCGUUGCUGCCCACGCGGCUCUGCCGCCGCCCAUGUCCUGCUUCCAGGCCCUGGAGCAGGCGGUGGCCACGGCCACGAUGGCGGCCGACGACGACACCGACCCGUGCGAGGGCGCCUGCCCCGGCGCGGACAAGCCGCAGCUCGACCUCAGGGAGUUCUUGCAGCAGAUCGGCGUGCUCAAGGACGACGAGGACGGCGCAGCCACCAAAGGCAGCUUUCACGGUGAUGGCGAGGUUGGCUUUGGCGGCAACGGAGAGUUCGACUGGGACGCGCUGGCCGCAGACCUCAACGACAUCGCGGGAGGCCACGGCGGCGCCGUCGGCGUGAACGGAGGGUUCCAGAUGGACGAUCUGCAUGAGGUCGACCAGUUCGGAAGCUGCCUUCCCAUCCCAGUCUGGGACGUGUAA